AUGGCGCAAACUGUCCGGGUCCAUGCAAGCAACCGUGGAACAAGCGAUAGUCGCCUACAACAUCCCAAUAAGGUGCCUACAUCGAACACGGAACACGCUAAUCAUCAUUUUAAAUUUCCCUCAACGGGCGGAGAUUUCUUCCCCGAAACGAGAUACCGCGAGAAUGGUUCUGCUAGUGCACUAGUCUCGCAAAAUCAAGAUAUUUUGGAAGAGUUACACGAUUAUAUUCAGGGUACUGAAGAUCCGACUGACAACAAUAAUAAGGCAAAUUCCUUGCCCAACAAAAUGGCGACGUCGAACUCAAGUGGAACGAACCAACCAACGGCGAACGCUAAUGGAUUUCAAAUGUCCAUGAAUUCAUCUUCGGGACUACCAAACAAGAGCGGACCGCUAGGUUUGGGAAUGCCCGCCUCCGUUCAUCUAAACAAUCAACUUUCGUCAAUUCUCGACCCAGGAAGUACCUCGGCAAGCCCGGCCGUGCCGUCUAGAAAUCUUAGUGAAUCGAACCCUAAUCCCGCAAAUAUGAAACUUCUGGCAUCAAAUCAACCAAAUUUAUCACCACAAACCCGGUACAAUGAAUUCAACUCGAGACAGGAAAUGCUAUUGCGAGACUAUCGCGAAGUUCCCAUCGCACCUAGAGCGCCGAACUCAACCGAACAAUAUGGCUCCCAACAAAGGUUCAUGUCUGCGCAGAGUGAAAAUCAACAUAAAAGAGGGUUAAAUUCCCAAUCAACAAGCGCUUAUCAUCCAAAUUAUUACUCUCAGGAAUCGAGCGCGCCUCAAGCUGGGCAAAGAGCGCCCAACUCGCAACCAGAUGAGAGAAACAUGAUCACAAAUCAGCAUUUUCAGUGGCCGAACAGACUGCAGACGACGAACCAUUGUUCGUCAAAUUUACCAACAAAUACUUCACCCGGCCCGCCGAUGAGUCGAGCACAAUUGCAGGUAAGAGGGGAUUACUACCAUACAGAGAUUGUUUACAUUUUUAGGUAUUUUAAGGCGUUCGCCGUUCAUUUGUGGGGAGAUUGUAGGGGUAACUAGUCGCCCAGUAAAAGCAGACAUACGUUUGAAAUAUUUAUCAUCAGAAUAUUCAUAAUGGCGGACUUGAAUUUUGUGCGCGGGCGAUCGUAUUUCAUGAACGGGAUAAAAACCGAUUCGAAGCGAGCUGUAGCGCUCAGAAGGAAGAUAGUUUCGAUUCCAUAACGUACGAGUUCGAGCCGGCGAAGAUAUUUUUUGUGUACAGUUUUCUAUACAAUUUAAACUUGGUUCACCACCUGUGAAAUUUAUCUACCUGCUCGUCUGAUUGGCUGUGAAAGUGUCAAUUUAUAAAUAAUUGCAGACAGCUUCAGACAUAGAUCACUCAUUGGCCUCCAGUGGAUUAAUCUGGAGAACAUUUCAUUGACCUUUCUUUGUAGAAAUGUGAAGGGUUACUGUGUCUUUGUCCUGUUGCCUUUUAUUGUCUGUCUAAAGUGCUAUUGUUACAUCUCGGUUUGUUUGAUUUUCAUUUAAAGCUAAAACAUGAAAUUGAGUUAUUGUGCUAAAUAGUGCAAUUCAUUUCAAGGCAGUUGUAUCUUUUGUUUUGAUAACCACUCUACCACAUGAUUACAGUGAUUUGAACCUCUGGCUCUUUUCUCCUUGCAAUGAACCUGUUUCAAUUUCAGUCUAGGUGGCUUGUUAAGUUGUUGGGUUUUUGAUCAAGCUAGUGAUUUACACAGUUUCCAAAACAGUAGUCCAGUUUCAAAAUAGGUAGUUAUUUUGCUGAAUUUCAAUUAUAUUGUUGUAUUAAAGUACCACUGAAUACUGCAAAAAUUUUUUCUCAUCCUUGAGUUUCCUUCACACAAACCACAAUUUGCACUACUGUGUUUUUAACUAUCUUGUGCUCUGUUACCACUUUUAGCAUGUUAAACAUUUCUCUCAGUAGUCUUUGUUAAUGCAUAGGCCAAUAUACAAGUACAAUAUUUUCUAUUUGAAAUGCAUGAUAUAAAUGAACUCUCCAGCAUUGUCCCAUUGAAAAGGAAGCACAUGAAGCAAUUUCAAGUAAUAGCAAAGAAGGAAAUGGUUUACACAUUAAUUGUGGCUUGAUUUUUUCUUUACUUAAAAAUAUUUACUAAUCACUUGCAAAAGUUUUUCCUUUAGUUAUAUUGUUGCAAAGAUCUGUAGUUUUAAUGCUAAGUUAGUCUACUUCGAUGCUGAAAAUUCCAAGUAACUGACAAAAAAGGGCUAUGUAUUUAGUAUUUAAGGGGUGUGAUGUACAUGUAGAUUGCUAUGUAUUUUAAUUGGUUACCUUUUCCAAGAGCAAGUUUAGUUUUUCAAUCUUCUGGAAUCUUUGAGUAUCAAGAGAAGGAUUUUCAUGAUGUUUAAAAUCCAAGAUAGUAUUGUUAAGUACUGCAUGCUUUAAAAUACAGGGUUACUUUUUAUUAUAGGAUGUUGGUUAUUGCUAAGCUUGUAGUUUGACCCAAAAUUUUUCUCAGAACAAAUUUUUUUGAAUUAGUCUUACUUUUAGUUUCCUUGUGACAGAUUUAUUAUGAUGGUUAGCCCAGUGCAAAAAUCAAGAGUAAACUUUGUUUGAAAAACUUAGAAGAAAUUUAACUUUCUAAACUUUUUCCUUGAAAAACAUCCAAGGUACCCUGCAAAAUACUAUAACUGAUUGUCACAAAUGAAUGUAUUUAGUAUAUUCCACUUUUACAACCAGUACUAAUAACUUGAAAUUUUUCCUUAAUUUUUCUGUAAAGAAAAAAAAACCAUCUGUUUCAGUGAAGUUCCUCUUUAGUUUUGUCUGCACAUGACUUCCGAUUUGUUGAUUUGGCUAUAAUUUGAACCGGGACCUAUUUAAGAACUUAAGUACUUGUUAUUCCAAUUUUAGAGCAGCAAACACCUGGUGUCAUCAACUUGGUUGUUUUGUCUAAGUGACAUGUUUGCAUCCUUUCACUGAUUUUCAUACAUGAAGUUGUCCAGCUGUGUUUUAAAUUGGGCACAGCUUUCUCUGAAGGAGAAGCUUCGCACUGUAAACUGCACAUAACAGGCUGCUAGAUAGGAGUAGAAGACUAAUAUAAAUUCAGUAACUUCUAUUUUCCCAUUUUUUUCUUUUUGGCCAAAAACUCAAAUAUUGAUUUUAAGUAAUAUUUCUGAUGACCUUGAGGCAUAGCACUUUAGUCUAAAAUUCAUCUUUCCCUCAAUAAAGUUUUAAACUCACUGAUGUUAAGUAAUUUGUUAAUCUGGCCAAUAGAGAUUGUAAUAUCAAGUAGACAUUCAGUAUACACGGUAUAUUGGGUAAACUAAGUCCACAGGGGUAACAAUUUGCCUAGGUAUGGCUUUGACUAAAUGAUUUUAGGUAUUGUAAAUGGGGAACAAAGUGUGUCUACCUAAAUAUCCUCUUAAAAGGGUUCAGUAAAAACAUUAGAGGUGUAGCUGUAACAUAGGUUUGAGAUUACAAUGUUGACAGUAAAUUGCUUCUUUGAUGUAAUGAAAUUUAAGUUCAUCAGUCUUGUUUGUGCAAAAUGUUCCUGAAAUUCCCCAAAAUAGAUAUGUUUUGUGAACUUUUGGAACACUUCACAAUGGCCAAUUUAUAUCAUCAACUCUGUUGAUAAAACCAAAUUAUCUUGUUAUACCACCCACCAAGGUAGCACCACAGUUCCUUUAGAAAACCACUCCCCUUAUUCAGAUAUGUAUUAGUUGAAGUACAAUAGGGAGAAAAAAUAGCGUCCAUUGUUAGAAAUUUUAAAUGCACUUCUGUUGCUCUUAUUGCUUUUAGCUAAAGAUGAUGACAGUAAAAGUAUGAUAAAGUUUUCUAAGAGUGGGCUUGUUUGUUCUCUGACAAUGCAAUUUUGAGGUUUAAGUAAGUGCUGCAACACAUUAUUCCAUCUGUUUUCAAGGUGGACCAUAUCCUGGACAGGUAAAACCAUGUUAGGCUCGGAAUUAACCAUAAGCCAUACUAAAUUCAAAUUAAGUUUAAUUUGAAUGUAUCAAAGAAACUCCUUGUUUUGAACCAGAAGUUUAACUCCAUGAGGAAAACAAAACUGAGCUCAGAAAAAUUAAGUGCCUAACUUCUAGUUUUCAGCAACGUGUAUACAAUAGGUUUUUGACAAAUCAUGGUUAUUACUGCAAAGUAAGUAGUUUUACCUGAGCUAUAUAAAAGAUGAGAGUUUGAUUCAGACACAGAACUGAGAAUUAUUUCAGUUUUGUUUUGUUUCAGACGACAGACUGAAUCAGCCAAAAUAAACGCAGCUUAACAACAAACAAGUAACCUGAUUGCAAAAUAUUUUAUUUUAAUAAUAUGAAUUGGGAUUGAUUUAAGAGAGGUUAUCUUAAGAACCAUCGCAUUUCUUUGAUAAUAUUUUUCAAGCCAUAUAGUUAUUUCAAGGCAUCAGAAAUUAUUUCGGUUCAGUAUCUGAACUGAUUCCAAAGAUUAUUCUUAAAGGAUGAGUUUUUCAUUAAAGAAAAUUUCUGUAUGCUAUCAUGUUACCUUAACCCUCUAAGAAUACAUCAGUAGGUGGCUAGUAACUAAUAAGUAUAGAAACCACUAAAUGUUUUGUAAAUUGGCAAAGAAUACAUCUUCCUUUUACUUUUACUGCAUUCCCACCAUGGAUUUCAUUUAAAAUCUCUUGCGAGUGGCAAGUGUUUGUUUUGAAAAGUCAAGUAAUUGGAAAGGAAAAAAUGUAUGUUCCCAACACUAAGAAAAUGUUGGCCCAUAGAAUUCUCUCAUCAAACCUCAGGCAAACCCAAUCAGAGUAUUAAGUGUUUGUUAAGUAUUACUAAAUUUGGCAGAGAAAUGCCCAAUGGAUAAAUUUUCCAAGUUCCGAUUGAAGAACUUUACGUUAUGCCUAAAUUAACAUAUUUUGUCAAGUAGUGAACCAACAUCAUUUGGGAGUUGCCUUACAUGUAAGAAGAAACUCUUCACAUAAGAAACUAGUCCAUGGAAAUUUUGGGAAAAGUCCUGACUAGGAGAGCUACAUUGAAGUCCAGUCAAGAUUGUAAUCAGUCAGGGGGUAUUUAGGCACAACCCAAGGAUUAUCCUCAUUAUCAUCCAAAAUGCAGUGCAAGAACAUAUGCCCUAAAAAUUAAAUUCAUUAACAAAUAUUUCCUUCCAUUUGCCUUUUUUUUUUCUUUUUUUUUAAAGACCAACAUUUACAUCAGUAAUUUGGAUUUGGUGCCAUCCAAGGAAAACUAGAUUUGCUUGCAGUGCUGUUUGCUUCUUUUUUCAAUUUAUAUUUUGACAGUGUUUUUGCAAUAAGGCAUCUUUUAAUUGGCUCUGUUCAACUUCAAGCUCUUUGCUGUCUUCAAUGUGAAGAUGUAUGAGUGCCUUCAACCCUUUAACUCCUAAGAGUGACUGACUUAUGAUUUCUCCCAACAAUACCACCCUUGAAUCAAACAAAAAGGUGAUGAGAAUUAAUAAAAUGAUCACCAAUUAAGGAAGUUCCUCACUGCUUGACAAAUUCCCCUUUUCAUUACCAGAGGGAAUGUUAAGAGAACAGUGCAGUGAAUAUAAAUACAAAUUUUAGGGUUUAAAGGGUUAAAUUUAAAUGAAGGUAAAAAAAGAAUGAUGGAAUUGUCCCCAAUUUGGUCCAAUGUAUGCAUUGUUAUACAAUUAUCACUAUUUUAGAAUUGCUUUUUCCUGAAGUAGAGUAAUAAUUUGAUAGUGAUUUCUCAGAUGGCCUUAGAAUUGACCAUUAUGCUUGUAUGCUGAUAGUGAGGUUAAUAACCCUAGACCUUUUCACUCUAUUUCAGCAGCAAGGACUUCCUCAGCAACAGUCUCCUUACAUGAUGAUGGGUGGUUCACAACAACAACAACCACAACAACAACAUCAACCACAGUCCCAACAAGCUGGUCCUCAACAAUCAUAUGCAUCAUAUAUGAUACAGCAGCAGCAGCAAGGAGGAAUGAAGGCAGGAGCUUUGCCACAGUCCCAGCAAUACUAUGGCAACAUGCCCCUGGGCAGGCAGGUUGUCAGCCAGGCAAGUCUCUCAGGACAGCCACAACAUAUGGCUAAUCAAAUGCAGACACCUCCACAAGACUAUUCAAGCUUUCAGCAACAGCAAAUGCAACAUAGAUUUCCCCAAGUAAGUGUGCAUGUAUACUAUAAGUGGAGCAUUAUUCAUGAAAUUGUUAUUUUCUGUGGCAAGUUUGAUCUUUCAAAGCUUAAAAUUAACUAGUGAAACUUGUUAAUUGUAUAACAGGGUAAUUUAGUAUUGUUAACUGAGUUUAUAACAUAAAUUGGUUAUGGUAGAUAGUUUUGAAGCUGACAUUUUUAGUGUUAGCCUUAUGUCUGGGCGGAUGGUCCAUUUGCUCAAACAAGUGACUAAUGCGUUAAACAUCAGCUUCAAAACUCUUUACCAUAACCAAUUUAUCAACUCAGUUGAUAAUACCAAAGUACUCUGUUAUACUCUCCCACUGACACAGCAGCACUGUUUCUUUAGAAAGUUACCUGCUUUGUUAACGGUCUAUUCUGAUUGUGCUGGUGGACUGAGAAGACCUCUUAUCAGAAAGAUAACCUACUUUAUUACACCCAUUUUGAAAUCACUGGUGGUCCCUGUAAUCUGAUUGGCUCUAAUUGGUGCGAUUUAUUCACGAAUUGCACCAUUUUUUGCUUUAAAUCGCAUCUUUUUUCCAGUUGAAGAGGAGGCUACACUAAAAACAAAACAACCAAUCAGACUUCAAGGCUUGUUUAAAGUAACCGAUCAAAUUGCAGGAAGAUGAAAGACAUGAAGGAUCAUGUGGCAAAUUUUGCAACUUUUGUUUCCAAAACUCUUAUUUUUUCCUCCCAAAAAAUGGAUGACUUUAAUUCCAAACUGGCUCAGUAUUGUAGUAAUAAAUAUUUGAACUGACCAAGUCCUGUAUUUGGGCGAUUUCAAAAUGGAUGUAAUAAAGUGGUAAUUGAACCUCGUGUUGUGCAAUUUUGGUCUGAAAUUAUACUUGUGAUUUCAAAUUGAACUCGCGCUGCGCGCUCAUUCAAUUUUGAAAUCACGCGUAUGAUUUCAGCCCAAAUUGCACUCUACUCAGUUCAAUUACCAUUAUUAAUCCUAUACACCCUAACAUCAGCAUCCAUAUUCUCUUUACUCUUCACUGUACAUUUUGGUUCUGACAGUAAGAACUCUUUGAACAAUUGAAUUUUUUGCUUUAUUCUUGUGAUCUCAAUGGUGUGGUUCAGCAUAGUUACUGUAGGGAGAAACUAGAUGCUGGUCACUGUGAGGGUUAAAAGAGUUGAACAAUCAGAAAAUAAUUCAAAUUUAUAGCCUUUUCUCCUCUUUUAUUUUUGCCAAGAUAGUUAAAAACAAGACCGAAAUUCCCACAUUUGUGUGGUGAAUUUCUAUUGCAUUUACUUUUUAACUUUUACUAACAUUUGCUACUCACUUCCAGCCUCAGUUUCAACAACAAAUGUCUUACAUGGCUCAACAGCAACAAAGACAAUUGCAGCAACAGCAUCAACCAUCAUAUCCUCAACCUCCAACUGGAAUACCAAGGAUGCCAUCCUCCCAUCCACAACCAAUCCUCCCCAAACCAGCCUCAGGGGACAUGUUUGGCAGCUCUGCCGGCAUGAGAUACUCCAGCAGUAAUGUAGGAGACAAUCUUCCAGGUCCAGAUUUUCCCUCCAGCAGAAUGACCGAUCAACAACAGCAUGGAAUUCCAUCAGCAUCCCAAUCAUAUGGCAACACACCAAUGGGUCGUAUGGGCUCCUCUUCAGAGAUGUUGGCUAAAUAUGGAAGUAGUCAAGGGGCAUACCAGCGCAAUAAUCCUCAAUCUUUUCCAGUGUCUCUUCAUUCCCGACACACACCUUCUCCCAACAUUACUUUGGGUUCACCCAUGAGAGUUGUUGCAGAUGGUAAGUAUCAAGUAUCAAUUUAAGCAAACCCUCUCCAUCCUAACAUUAAUAGAGCAUUUACAUUCUCCUUGCUGUCCGCUUUACAUUUCCUAUGGUACAGAUGAGAAUUUGAUUGGCAAUCAGGAACUUCUGAAAUUUGUUGUCCAAAGUGCAAGCCCCAGAUUGGACAUACUGAAUAAUCAUAAGCAACCUUUCAAAUCUGGCCAUGUUGAGAAAUAGAAUAACACUUGCAGCUGUAGUUGCCUGAAUAUGAGUGUUGAUAGUGAACAUUGGAGUCAUGAAAUGAAAUGUGAUGAAAAUGGAAUUCAGACUUUCUCACUGAGUUGUCUGCUUAAUGUUAAUGUCAGUAAGUACAUAAAUGCAAUAGAGGUUUCCCCUGAAUAUAAUUCACUUUACUAUAGUUAUGAGAGUAAGAUUUUAGAACUUGAGCACACAACAAGAACCCAAGUUGUUCCACUGAGAAUGGCCAACCUAAUGAUUAAUUUUCCCCCAAUUUUGGUUUGAAGGAACUUCUCCAUCAGUUGGUAUGCCCAAUUUUGGCACAGACAGCCCAACAUCUACAGGAAGUUUGCCCACUUAUCCUCGCAGUAAAAUGCCCCCUCCUUUUGGAAUGGCAGGAACUGCAAUGUCUGGCUCUGGAGUAUCUGGUAACAGCCUACCUCCAGCGAGUGUGGGAGGCUCUACAGCUGGAUCAGCUGUGGGUGGAACGGCUGCUGCAGCUGCUGCGGCAGCUGUUCUUGAAGCUGCUAACUCUGGACCAAGAUACCCUGGAGCAGCACAAGGUCCUGGUCCUCCCUUUGUUAGUCCUCAGGAGAUGAUGUUGAGCAGUAAAGGAUCAGAGAACAUGCCUGCUUCAGGGAUGUCCCCAAUGCAAUUGGGUUCUAUGAUGGGUGCAAAUGUUCAAACAGGUCAGCCUCAAUGUUUUGACCCCUUGCAUUGAAAUUGUUUUGAAUAACUAAUUGGUUAGCUAUCUCUGAAAUCAAAACAAGCUCAGGGAAGGAAAAAAAUAUGAAAGCAUAAUUCCAGGGUUAAUAAAGCAAUUUACAAUUGAGUGUCAAAAGUAUUCCUGUGUUGCGUUACUUUUACUUUAUAUUGCUUUGUAAUUGGUCUAGAAAACUUGGGCUAUUUUCUCCACCAAUCAGCCACAAAAAUAAAACCAAUAACAACUUGGUCACUGGUAUUUUCUUAUGCUUUUGGGAGUUUGGUUGUUUUUACGUUUAGUUCUCACUGGCUCUUAACCCUUUAACUCCCAGAUCAAAUUUGUAAUUCUCCUUACUUUCAAUCAUACAAUUCUUAUAAUGUUAGUUCAGAGAAUUUAGUAUUGGAUCAACUAAUUAUCCCCAAAUUUAUAUUUUUCUUUAUUCUUAUCACUUAUCUGGUUGAUAUUGUAUUGAUAAUGUAAGGAGAAAUUCUGUCUCAGUCAUUCAUGGGAGUUAAAGGGUUAAAAGUAUCUUCUUUUCUUCUGAUUUGUGGUUGUGGUUACUUCAGUUUUAGUUUAGUGACAAAGUACUCUAAGCAGAAAGCAUUAUGUGGGCUCACUUUAUUCAAUGUCUGAUACAACAUUUGUUGCGCAUGUAGCCAUCCCAUAUUUUUCUGAUAAACACAAUGUUGAACGAUAUUGUUUGAUCAUUAGCAGGGGCUUAAGAAUUGAAUUUACACUAAUUUCAAAAUAAUUUUGAUUGAAGUACAUGUAGAGUAUCUGAUAAACACAAUGUUGAAUGAUAUUAUUUGAUCAUUUAGCAGGGGCUUUACAAUGGAAUUUACACUGAUUUAAAAAUAACUUUAAUGGAAGUAUAUGUGAAGUGGUCUUCUAAACCUUCUGAUCUUGCCUCCCUGUAGGCCGGGUACCAUCUCCAACACUUAAUGAACUUCCAACAGCAGAGGAUGUGGAAGCCAUGAUUGAAUCAAUGAGAGCAGAAGAAGCUGGACUUCCAACUGAUAAUGACAACCAACAGCAGCCACCCUCUCAAGGUUCUGCUCCUCCAUCUGUGGCAUCACUGCCUACAACAGUAGCAUCCUCUCCAUCACAGCCACAAGGAACCCCUGUAAAUGGUAAGAUUUAAAUUUUUGUGCAUUUUUAGUGUCCUAAGUGAAGAGGACCUUUGUCUUGGGAGCUACUGUAAGGUGUCAUAGCAAGUCAUAAUUGUUGUGCACCCUACUCCAAUGGAACAGCUUUAAUUUGAUACUUCUGGAAGAGAUCAUUUUGAAUGAAGCUACCAGUACAUCAGACUCACUUCAUUUUGCUGUAGCUGAGGGGGGGGAAUUAUCUGCAGUGUGCCAACAGCCAACCUAGAAAGAGCAUGUACACUGUUAAUAAUUUUAGCAAUGUUUGUAAGAACAGCUUAACAUAUGAUUUAUUUAUUGCUUUUUAGGCCCAAAUAGUAACACAGAUUCUCGUGAACUUACUGGUUCCACUAUGGACUUGACCCCUGCUAUAGAAAAAGGGGAUUCCCCUCCCUCUGCUCCAUCGUCACCUCUAUCAAAUUUUUCUGGCCUUUCCCCUGGAGUGUCUCCUUCAGGAGUUUCCAUUACAUCAUCAUUUGGUAACGCUGAGAUCGACUUGGAUGAAAUCAACCCUUCACUUCCAAACAAUUCCAUCUCAAUGGUUAGUUUAUGUUUGUUAUAUUAUAGCUUUGUUUGCCAUCUUGUGGAUAGCCUUACAGGGAAGUGGCUACGGAACAAUGAUGCUCAGUUCCUUUUGUUCUUGUUACUAACAAUGAUCACGUUUGAAGUCAACAAAAUGAAAAUUUUUUUUAAUGGUUUUCUGAGAAAGGGGAAGACUUGUUCCACAUACAUUUCUUGUUCCAAUUGCAUUUCUUGUUCCAGUUAAAUUUUGUGAGGAAAGCUAACCAGAACCAUUAAAAGUUUUCAAAAAUUCUGUUGAUAGCAUUUUGUUGAAAACAUGGUGUCUGUGAAGCAUCAAGGACUGAAGAAUUUCCUCUGCACAGAAUCCUGCACCUAAUUUUGAUGGCCUGAGCUAGUUUUUAUGUAGACACAGGGAAUAUAAUGCCACUUCACACUUUCCUUGCCAUUGCAUUUGGUCAUGCACCUGCUAACCUUUUGAGAUGUGCUUGUGCAUGUGUGUGUGUUUGUUUGAUAACGGGUUAACAGGCUUGGUUGAAAAAUGUUCUUUAGUAUGUGCCAUCAUGCUGAGAUCUGCAUAUUUUCUCUUCAAGAUCCCAAUUCCAAUUGAUUUUGACUAAUGUAUGUUUUAAUUGUUAGUCAUCAUACCAGUUUCCAUCAUCCAGACAGAACCAACAGCAAUAUGAGAAGGUAUGCAUUUUACUUCUGUUCAUUAUUACACUACUACACUAUUACAUUUCACUCAAGUUCACUAUUUUCUGUGCUAUUGGAAUUUUUCAGAAUGUUAAUUUAUUCAGUAAAGAUUUCCACCAGGAGCUUGGCAGUCAUUCUUGUUCACCAAUCAUUGUCACAAUUGCAGGCUCUUGUGAAACAUCGAAACUUUGUGUGGGUUGGAUUUUGGUUGUUGUAGUGGUGAAUGUGCUCUCCUGAGCAGUUCAUUGCAAUUUUGUCGAGCAAUCCCCUACCCCCUUCAGCCUCUAAUUUUUCUUCCCACUUCAGGGAUGUUGAUAAUAGCCGGAAGCUGGGAAAAUUACCCGGCUGUGAACUCAAUUUUUCCGGCUGUGAAGCACUACUUCUUUCUCUAAAAUGUUUUUAAAUGUUGUCAGAAGAUUGCUUUUUAUUUAUUUCAUUUGUUUACACCUUCAAUUCGCGGUAUAGCAUGCCAAAGGCACACUAGAGUGGGCCUUCGGCCCAAAUACCCACCUAUCAUUGCAAGAUUCCUGCCUGUUAAAAACUUUAGCUAUAUCCCUGCACUUAUCUUAUCAGUGUUGAAUGGUGCCUCGAUUGUAGGCUCAUAGCUGGGCUGUCAGGGUUUUCAGUCAUGUGAACAGUACCCUAUCUGGGGGCGGGCAAGAGACAGUGGAAGCUCCCUAAAUAACUCAGGUAGCCUCCUUCCAUGCAAGUGAGACAGUGGGUAAACACUCUUUGUCAGCAAAAUAAAAUACUUUACUUUACUUUACCUAUCAUUUCUUUGAUAACUGUUGUGUGAUUUCUUAAAUUCUUUCAGUUCUCCAAGUUGUAUGAACUCUCUGAUGAACCGGAGAGGAAAGAGUUUCUCAAUAAGUAUCAGGCUUUCAUGAGCAGUCAAGGUAAUGAAUAUGUGGUCACCAUUAGUAUAAAUGUACUCUUGAAAACUCUUGGAAAACUUGACUAUUAGUUCCUCUAUAUCAUCAGUGAACGAUGAAGUGAAGUUUUAGUAAAGGGGGUAAGUUUCUAAAGAAACUUUGGUGCUGUGUCAGUGGGGGGUAUUAUCAACUGAGUUUAUAAUAAAUGACUGUGAAUAUAUGAAAAUCAUGUAAAUGAACUGCAUCCCAUAUGAGGGCUCCUAGAAACUCAUUUUAAACUUAGUUCGAAGAAAGAUUGUGUCAUGCAAUGUUUCCUCAAGGUCCUUCACUACUUUACUCUUUUACACUCUAGCAUCAGUAUCUUUAUUCUUCCUACUCUUCUCUAUAUAUUUCAUUUGGUACAAGGAUUAUUUGUCUAACAAUGGAAGCUUCGUCGGGUGGUGACCAUUUUCUUUUAUUCCCAUCACCUUUACAUUUGACUUGAGGAUUACACUGAAAGGAGAAAUGAGAAGCCAGUCACUCUUAGGUGGUAGGGGUUAGACUUCUGGUUAAGAUUUUGAUGUUGAUUUUAUUGUUAAUAGGUACACAGAUCGCCCAAGUUCCGGUAGUAAUGAGGCAGCCGCUGGAUCUUUUUAAGUUCUACACUGUUGUCCAGGAAAGAGGUGGUUUACAAGAAGUAAGUUUUGUAAAACCGCUGCUUUUUGCUGACAUUUUUUUGUUAUUUAUUACUGCUGUGCUAACGUCAUUACCACCAUACCAUGGUGGUAAUAGAGACGAGAACUUAGAACUUAGAACUUAGAACUUAGAACUUAGAACUUAGAACUUAGAACUUAGAACUUAGAACUUAGAACUUAGAACUUAGAACUUAGAACUUAGAACUUAGAACUUAGAACUUAUAACUUAGAACUUAGAACUUAGAACUUAGAACUUAGAACUUAGAACACCACUCUGCUCAGAGGUCAACCUCCGAAUUUUUUGUGGAGAUAAAUUGCGUCAGAGUGUACAGUGUAUUGACAGUCCUACAUCCAAUAAACUGCAGCAUCCAAUCGAAGAGCUGAAGGGUUCGACCUUUCCUUUUUUUGUUUGUUUGCUCGUUUUUAAAUCAUACUUUUAAAUACAAUCGAUACUCAUUCUCUCUUUGAGAGUCCUUAUUUCCAUGUAUCAUUUUUUCGAAUCAGUGCUCUUCCACGUAACAGUAUGCUAAACUUUAUUUUUUGUUCUUCAUCUUUGUAUCAGGUGGUCAAAAGAAAACUCUGGCAGGAAGUUUUAGAGGCCAUGAACCUUCCAACAGAUAACCCGAAUGUAGUGAACCACCUUCGUAAUCAGUACUCCAGAUAUCUGUUGUCGUACGAGAUGAAAUUCAGUAAAAGUAACUCCAUUGACGACAUUAAGAUUAAUCUUCUGGAAGGUUCGGGUAUUCCGCCCCCUAAUGCAACAGUCACUUGCUCAGAGGCAAUCAUACCAACCAACAGUUUGACGCAGACCUCGAGAGCACCUGACUCCACGCCGAUUCACGGAACCUACAGCUCGAUGACAAAUGACUCUGUUCCCAAUUUACCUCCAAGCUACAGCGGGAAGGACGGAUACCCUGAGCCCAGCUACGACACCAACAAAAUGUACCCAGAAUUUAGAGAAAAUUCUGGAAGUUUUCCAAUGAACCCUCCCACGCCUUCCAGUCCGUUUGGAAUGCCCCAAUACCCUUACGGUGGAGAGAGAAGGAGCAGUUUAUCAAAUCACCCUCAAAGUGGAGGGCUCCCUCCUUACAUGAUGUCGCAGCGUAACAUGUAUCAGGGCCCUUCGUCCCUGUCACAAUUCUAUCAGCAGUCGAACUCACAAGCAGGCCAUUCAGGGACGAACUACCAGCAUGCGCAGUAUCAGCAGCGUUCAAGCCCGUCAUUGAUGGGAUCUCUGGCAUCACCCCAUUCCAUGGUGCCCAAUGCAAGCUCUCAAGAUAAGGUGCACUCGUUAUGGGGUUCUCAAUACAGCCCAUCAGCAGAGCCAGAGCACAUGGUAGAUUACCCACCUGGGGCACACAACAGACUUACGCGUUCCUCCAGCGGACCUCAAUCUCAGUACUCCCCUGCACCGCCGUAUGGCUCUUACCCAGGCCGCCAAAACCAGUAUUCAGCAACACCACCAUAUCGCCCCAGUCCUUCGCCGUCUCCUUCGUCAAGACAGCCCAUGGCACAGGCACCGCCACUCCAGGCUUUGCCAAAAAUGAAGUAUCCUGUACAGCAAACUGCACAUCCACCAUCACAACAGCAGUCACACCAACAACAAUCUCACACGUCAUCUAUAAAGAGAGAGAUGCCUUUUCCAAACGACUGUGUUGAGGCCACAAGGCCUGUGUUCACUAAGAAGCGCAAACUCACUUCCAGAGAUUUGGGUAUGUUUUUGUUUUGUUUGUAUGUUUGUUAAGUCUUACUUGACGCAAACAUCAAAAGAUGGAGAGGAGCAAGUCACUGUUGAUGUUCUUCACCCUUUGACCUCUAAGAGUGACUAGCGUCUAAUUUCUCCUUAAAAUACCAUCCUCAAAUUUCAUAUUAUGGUAAUGAGAACGAAGGAAAUGAUCACCAACUAAAGAAGCUCAUGAUUGCUAAACAAAUUCUCCUUGUCAGCACCUUAGAAUAUAACAUUGUGGAGAAUCUGCAUACUGAUGUUUGGUUAAAGGGUUUAGCCUGCUUUUCAGUGUUAACCGUACUCUUGGUGUUAUUGCUUUUCACAGCAUAUUGUCUUGGCUAUCCGCAAUUGGUUAUUUUGGUUAUUGUCUUUCACAAAAAUAGGUCUCAAAAAACUCAGGGGAAAUAUCAGUUUUGCUUCGAGACUUUUUGAUGUUUUUUUUUUAACUGUUUUAAUUGAAAUGAAAUAGUAAUUGAUGCUUUUCUCUCGCCUCUGUUCUUGAUGAUGAUCAUUUCAUAUCCCUAUAAGUGCUAAAACGGUAUGCCGUGAAAGCAACUGACAACAACAUGGUUCGGUUACCAAAGAGUAGCAAGGUUUAUCCUUUACAUUCUAACUUCAGUAUCAUCUUCUCCAAAAUGUUCUCUCUACAUUUCCUAAGGCGCUGACAAGGAGAAUUUUGUUUAACAAUCAAGAGCUUCUUAAGUUAGGAAUCCUUUCUUUUCUUGGAGUCUGGAUUCAAAAGUGCGAGUUUCAAUUGGUCCUCUCAUUGUGUUUGAGUUCUCGUGCCAGACCCCCAUCUAUCUCAAUUCUUUCAUCGUGUAGGGUUAUAAAGGGAUCAGUCUCUUUUUGCUAUGGAAACCUGGGAAAACCGCAGCCAGAUUGGCCCUUAAGUUCGUAAGCUGACUCGAACUGUUGUUAAAGCUUUUAUUUUUUUCCUAGGCCCUGUUGAAGCAUGGAGGGUAAUGAUGUCAUUGAAAUCCGGCUUGUUAUCAGAGGCGACCUGGGCAUUAGAUACCCUUAACAUCCUGCUCUAUGACGACAACACGGUGCUUUACUUCAUGUUAUCGCAACUGCCGGGUCUCCUGGAUAACCUUAUCGAUCAUUUCCGACGUUAUUUGAUUGACAUUUUCGACACAUUUGUCGAGAGUGAGAUCAGCGUUGGUUCGGUGGUUUUACAAAUUGCGCGAAAGGAGGAAAACGAGGAAAAGAUUGAAAAGUUAAAUAGAGCCGCAAAAAAUAGUUUUACCGCUCUGUUGGUAGCAUCCACGUUUGAUAUUCCAAACGAUGGAUUUCAAAGCGGAUCCGGCGACUGGCUCAUGGGAGGUGGAGACACCACGCGUCAUAUUCAAACACACCUUGGCUUCAAGACGAGACCAGAAUACUCGACAAAGGUAAUUCAUUGCAGAGAAGAAACUGAGUGCAGUGAAGAUGUAAUUCUUUCCGAAACUGAUGAGAAUUGCGAAGGAGAGGUAAAAGCUGAGAACGAGAAUACAAAUCAAACUGAAAGUGACGAUGAGAAAUCAUUAGCCGAGUGUAAAGAUGACAAUUGUUGUGCAAACGAAAUGAAAUGUGAUGGGAAUUUUAGUAAACUGAAAACCGAACUGCCCUCUCCUGUGGUAGAGGAGGGCAAAUCAAAAGCUGACAUUGUUGUUAAAAAAGAGAAAGAACCAUCACAGGAGGAAUUAAAAACUCAGGAAAAUGAUAAGUUCAACAGAGAGAGUGAAGUAGAACAGUUUACCGCGCGGUUAAAAAAGGAACUGGACUUAGACCUGGAUUCUGAUGAAGAGGAUACGGAAUCGGACGCUUAUAUUCGAUCAGUUGUUAGUAAAAUAAACGUGAAACAGGAUGCAGUUGUUGAAGAGCAGUCGUGCGGCAAGGAAGAUGCACCUUUGUGCCUAAGAACUGAGAGCCAGGACGCCGUGUCCCGGCGCUGCCUUUGUGUGUCUAACAUUCUACGUGGACUUUCCUUUGUUCCGGGAAACGACGCUGAGAUGUCGCGUCACGCAGGAUUGUUACUCAUCGUUGGGCGGCUUUUACUUCUUCAUCAUAAACACUCCAAACGUGUUCCCUACAGGCAUUCCUAUCUGCAGGAUGAGAUCGAGGUGGAGUGUCCCAGCGACGAUCGUCACGACUGGUGGUGGUACUGCUUGGAAGGUCUGCGUGAGAACGCUUUGGUGAUAACAGCCAAUGUAGCCGGUCAGUUGGACUUGUCUCUGUAUCCUGAGGCCAUUAGUCUUCCUCUGUUGGACGGGCUUCUCCACUGGUUCAUAUGUCCGUCGGCUGCCGCUCAGGAUCCCAUGCCCACAGCUACUCCAGGUACUUCCCUGUCCCCGAGGCAGCUGGUUCUUGAGGCCUUGGCGAAGAUGAGCAUCUUGGAGUCUAAUGUUGACAUCAUUCUUUCCACUCCGCCGUUGACGCGGGUGGACGAAUUGUACACCAUGUUGGUUCGACUUGUUGGCGAGAGAGACAAUCCGGUGACUCGUGAACUUGCUCUUGUCUUGCUGUCCAACCUGGCACAAGGAGAGAAUUCCUUCGUUGGUUUCGGCGACAGCAAGGCGUGUAUUUCAAUGUUGUUGGAAUUUAUCGAGGAUGCAGCGUCCAGCAUGAGCGCAUAUUCAUCAGGUAGUGCCCUGGCGCAGGCCGGCUUUCAUUCGGAGAGCUUUUGCGGUACGAGUGUGGACAUGUUACGUCGGGCUGCCUCGACGCUAGUGUGCUUGGCACGCAUACGCUCCAACCGUGCCUUGUUCUUACCGUUUCAACAGCGGAUCUUAAGGCUGUCUGUUUUGCGGGUUCUGGACAGUACAAUCACCAACCAUUUGGCGGAGAUUCUCUUCUAUUUAUCCAGAUGAAAUGCGGCGCGUGCGCCCUCCGUCCCUGGCGGUGUUGGCCUCGAUUCCACUUUUUUUUUUUUCGUGAUGGUGAAGCAAUAAGAAACAAUUCUUGUUCUCCAAGAACGUAUGAGAAGUUUCGGUUGUCGUUUUGUAUAUGUAAUUGUGGCCAAGCCAGUGUAAGUUUGACUUCUGUGUUGUAAAAUGACUCGAAAGUUGUCUCGUCGUGGCGAUAAUUCGCUCAAUGUUGAAAUUAUGUUUUCAUUUUUUUUCUCUCUCUCUCUCUUGUGACAUUAAUAUUUGUUCCCUACUUAAGCAUUCUUCACUCGAAAGAAAGCGGAAUAAUCAAAUUUUCACUUAAUUAUCCGUUUUCCAUGUUUUGUUUUGUUUUUGUUUCGUUGAAAAUCGUGUUUCGUACAUCAUAUAAUAAGGACAACUUUCGUCUUGCGGCAACAGUAUUAUUGGUAGUACAGGAGUGCGAUACAGACAUCUAUCACUGAUUAUUAACCAGCUGUAUAACCAUUGUAUGAUAUGUAAAGUUGAGUCCGUCCACAAUAUAUUAAGUAUUUCUGGAAAAAGAGCUUUUUGUAGAUUUGACAAAUAAAGCAAGGAAGCUAAAUUUUACAUUUUUGCUAUCCCUGUAGAGAUAACGUAAAAGGAGGCCAGGUAUUGUUUGAUAUGAAAAAAAAAUUACGUGUAAAAAGGGCCUCGUAAGAUAAGUAUGUAAGAAAAGUGUUACGUUAGGUAGAAUAUAUGUUGAAAGGAGAUAUUAAAAUGACAGUU